UCUCUUUUGAAUGAUAUCGUCAUGGUUGAAGCAGCGGGGAAAAAAAACGCGAAGUAAAUUAACAUAAGAAAUAAAAUAGACUAGCUUAGCUACGUGUGUGUGUGCUCGAUACCAUCAGUCAGUUGUGUUUGGAGGGUGGUUGAGGAAUGUUUUGAAUCGAACGCUUCCAGAUUAAGAGUUGUAUUUGCUUGUUGUUUAUUGGCUCGGCGUUUAUUUUGUGACAAACUUUGACAGCAAGACCGGCUGAAUCAUGGAAAUGAUGUAUAGUCACCACAACCAUACUUUCGACUACAGGUGCAGUGAGGGCCUACUCCUCCCCAUCAUUAAUGAGUCCACAUGGAACCCGGGGGUCAGAGCCUUCAUCUACCUUCUGGGCCUUCUCUACUGCUUUCUAGGGGUGGCCAUCAUUGCAGACAUAUUCAUGUGUUCCAUCGAAAAAAUCACUAGCAAAACCCGUAAGAUCAUGCUUUCCACCUCUGAUGAGACAGAGCCAGAAGUGAUUGAAGUCAAAGUUUGGAAUGACACAGUUGCCAAUUUGACUCUCAUGGCUCUAGGCUCCAGUGCACCUGAGAUACUGCUGUCCAUUAUUGAAAUUGUCGGAAAUGGAUUCAAAGCAGGAGAUUUGGGUCCUGGUACAAUCGUAGGGUCGGCAGCAUUCAAUCUGCUCGUCAUCUGUGGUGUUUGUAUCGUUGCUCUUCCAGCAGGGGAAAGUAGAAGAAUCCGAACAUUUAGUGUGUUUAGCGUGACAGCUUUCUUCAGCGUUUUUGCCUACAUCUGGCUUCUUAUUAUACUUGUGGGAUUUUCGCCUCAUGAAGUGGAGAUAUGGGAGGCCGUCGUCACAUUCCUUUUUUUCCCAUUGUUGGUUGGCAUCAGCUAUGCAGCAGAUAAGGGUCUUUGCAGAGUCAAAAUUCUUAGUAAGACUACCAAGCAAAUGGAAGUGGAUUCAUCCACAACGACUGUUAAAAAAGAAGAGGAAUAUUUUCCCAAAGGACAGCUAAGCAAAGAGACUCUAGUGAAAUUCAUUAAGGAGGUUCGAAAACAUCCAGCUCUGUCAGCCGAAGAUGCAGCAUGUUUGGCAGCAGCCAGAUUAGUAGAGGAAACUGACCACACACGCAUGUGGUACAAAAUCAAUGCUAUACGGGAAUUAUCAGGUGGCAGAAAACCAAAACCCAGGCUCAGCAAGAAACUGGAAAAAGUUUAUAGUCUGCUUGGUAAAGAAGAUGAAACAGAUGCAAAACCUGCAGCACCCAUGGAGCAGAAAGACAUCCCUAUGUUAGAUUUUGUGGCAGCAACAGCAGCUGUUAUGGAAAAUGCAGGCAAAGUCGCAGUGAAAAUCAGGCGUCAUGGAAAAACUACGGGAAUAGCACGAUGCAGGGUGGAAACUAUUGAUGGUACAGCUGUAUCAGGAGAGGAUUAUGUACCGGUAAAGGAGAUCUUAACCUUCCAGGAUGGAGAAACCGAAAAAGAAUUGAGCGUAGGGAUCGUGGACGAUAAUCAAUGGGAGCCAGAUGAAACCUUCUUUUUGAAGCUUUGCAUUCUACCAGAAGAUGUUGGAACAGUAAUGCUUGGACGAGUCUGUAUCAUGGAAAUAACUAUUUUGAAUGACGAUGAACCUGGAAUUCUUCAGUUCAAACGACGAGGUAUUUUGGUGAAGGAGAGCAUCGGUGCCGCACAUGUUCCUGUGGUUCGAACCCAUGGCGUUGAUGGAACCGUGAAGACAAAAUGGCGCACCAUAGAUCGAACCGCUGUGUCUGGUAAGGAUUACUACGGUGGAGAAGGAGAAAUUGUCUUCGAUCACGGUGAGGUUGAGAAGAAUAUAGAAAUUCAGAUUGUGGACGAUUUCAACGCUGAAAAAGAUGAGCACUUUGAAGUGGAACUGUUUGACGCGACUGGUGGAGUGACAAUUGGACAAAUUAAUAGAUCGACAGUCACAAUCACGAAUGAUGAUGAUUACAACUCUAUUGUGGAAAGAGUGGCGUUGAUGACAAACGUUAACGUAGACAACGUGAGACUACAAUCUGAGACAUGGGGUGAACAGUUUCGUGCGGCCCUCACUGUUAACGGUGGCGAUAUAGAGAAUGCUACAACUCAAGAUUAUGUACUCCAUUUUCUAACUUUCGGGUGGAAAGCAAUAUUUGCUAUUGUACCACCUACAGGAAUGUGUGGAGGUUGGCUCACAUUUUGUGUCUCUUUGAUCCUCAUUGGAGUUCUAACGGCGAUUGUUGGCGAUUUGGCUAGUAUUUUUGGAUGUCUCGUGGGACUGAAAGAUGCUGUCACAGCUAUUACUUUUGUUGCACUUGGUACAUCCCUGCCAGAUCUUUUCGCUUCCAUGGCAGCAGCUAAGCAAGAGAAAUAUGCCGACAGUUGCAUUGGAAAUGUUACUGGAAGUAAUUCUGUUAAUGUGUUCCUAGGACUUGGAUUGCCAUGGUUGAUGGCUAGCAUUUAUUGGGCUUCAAAGGGUGAGACUUUUCAUGUGAAAGCUGGCACACUGGGAUUCAGCGUGGGUAUUUAUACUGCUCUUGCACUCAUCUGCAUUGCUCUCAUUGUGAGUAGGAGGUUCUUAACAGUACUAGGAAAAGCCGAGCUUGGAGGUCCAAGAAUAUAUGCUUUGAUAUGCUGCAUCGCUAUGAUAUCCAUGUGGUUUUUAUAUGUUUUGUUGUCAUCUUUCGAAGCAUAUGGAUAUAUUCAGAUUUAAUCCAAAUAGUUCCCCUUGUUAACAAUCAUCCCAUGUGUAACAUUUGUAAAUAAGAUUUUUGUGCUUUUCAUAUGCAAUUUCAAUAAGUAAGGUAUCCAAAAUGUCAUCUGAUAAUAACGUGAAAUUUUUACUCCCUUUAUAAAAUAAGAAAUCAGAACGUAACGUUGUCGGAUGUGAAGAAAAAAAAGCAACUUUAAAAUCUUUGUGGAGCAAAAUUUAGAUCAAACCCAACCUAAUCAUUGCUUUAUUUUUUUAAAAACUUCAGUACACACAAAUCUAAAUCUGUCAAACUAAGCUGUGGAAAGUUUCAGGCAACAAAGCUAAAAAUUGCUGCAGUAAAAGGUUUGGUUGUUAUUAUCGCAUUAGUGCUACACUAAUGUGCUAUUGGUGAUGGUCUAGGAUUCAUCCUCAAUUAUGAUUCGAAGACACACUGGCGCAUGCCUGCGCAACUAUACCACAAAUGAGGUUGAAUGCUGAUGCAGUCUAUGCAUUGAUAUCGAAGGUAGAUGAAAGUCCAAUUGAGAUCCAGGGUAGAGGAAAAUCCAAUUGAGAUCAAAGGCAGAUUAAAAUCCAUGCUGACUACUGCACAAAGAUCUCUAACCAUGCAUGGCAUUUCAAGACUUUUACCUUCUUGAGAUAAUACAAUAGGAUUCUGAAAGACACGAUUAGCGAAUGCGCAAGUUGAUCAGGCACCCAGUCAGGGAAUAAAACUCUGGCCCCAUGGUAGGCAGAGUCUAAGCCCAUCACACUGAAUAGGUGACAGUAGUGUCUUUCAGAAUCUUGGUUAUGAUCAAGAUGUACUUGAUUACAGCUCGCUGAGCAUAAAGGUAUAAACUUAAGUUUAUCAAGUUCUACAUAUGGUUUAAAGUUAACGUCUUUACCAGCGUAGCCUUUUGUUUAUUAGCCAGAAAUUUUGCUGAUCUUGGUUAAAUAGGUCAAGACAGCUGCAUUCAAAACCUCAAAUGAAAUGAUUCAAGUUUUUUUUAAUUUUUUUUUUAAAUAUCUUAAGUAGAAUAUUACUGUCAUUUUAUGAAUACCUUUUUUUCAAAUCCAAUUUGCCCAGAAAAAUUCAGAAGAGGAUCAGAGUAAAGUUGCAAAUCUAUAUAUUGCAUUUAAAAAUCAUUUAUUUAGGCUUAGUAUAAAUAAAUUCCAUAUUAUUUUUAUUUGUAUAUUGAUUAUGUAUUUAGAAUUACAAUAUGUAAUAUUAAAUAUUUUAAUCACACGAAUAAUCAGCAUUUUAGAAAUUGAAAAAACAAAUUUCAGGUUUCAUGUAUAACAAAUCCAAAAGUAAAUUCUGCCAUUUUCGAAAAUUUGUUUUCAUGCUUUUAAAUGAAGAAAUCAGCUAAUUUAAUUCAUUGCAAAGUAUAAAGAGAAAUUAGGUACUUAAAGUGCUUUACAUUAAAUGUGCUGUAUAUAUCAUUGUUAUAUUUUUAAAAAUCAAUUGACAAGAAUGUGAUAUUUUAUAUAAUAUAUGUAUUUUUUACAUUUUCUCUUGAAUGCAUUGUUUAUAUAACUUCUAAGUAUAUUUUAUAAUUUUAAACUACUUUUUAUGUUUUGGUGAUCUGAGAAAAAUAUGUUUUACUUUUAUUUUAUUCUAACACACUGCAGUGUUUUAUUUUGAUUAAUAUUAUAUGCAGUAUUAUAAGUAAUUUAUUUUGUCUUUUUUUAAAUAAAGUUUAGUUUUUGAACUAAAUUCUGAGCAGUGUUAUUCUUUAAGUUACAUACUGUUUUGCAUUUCUAAGAAUAAAUUAUAACUAAUGCUGCAUAAAAAGUUAAAUUUUUGUGAAUAUUAUAAUCCCAGAACAUUUUAUCUUUGACAAGCUUACUUUAAAUAAACAGAAUAUUUGUAAAAUUA